AUGGUGCAACUGCCCGCCGCCACCACUUUUAGCAAUUGGCCUGGUAAUUCGCCAGAUUUGAACACAAUCGAGCCAACCUGGAUCUGGCUAAAACGACGGACGACAGUGAGAGGGGCUCCUCGUGAGAAAAAAACUGCAAGAGAAGCUUGGCUUAAGGCCUGGAAUGACCUCCCUCAAAAUCAGAUCCAGGAUUGGAUUGAACAUCUUAUUCGCCAUGUACAGGAGGUUAUUCGACUGGAGGGAGGGAAUGAGUAUUGUGAGGGCCGCAAUGAGAAGGAUAAGCGUCGAAAUUGGAAAGGAUACCAGUUGAAAGGCAAGCUCUCUCGCCGCCAGGAUCUAGGAGAUGAAGAAUGGGAGGAUAUCAUGUGA